CCGUUUAAUUUCUCCGAGAUGGAACGUGGAUUGCGAAGCGAAAACGUUCGGCUGUUCCUGGCUGUCGGAUGCAUGUUUUGUUUCCUGUCGUCAAUGAUCUACAGAUCCAUUGCUUGGCGAACGACGACACUAAAUAGCAUUGGGACAAUGAACUUGGCGGCAGACAACGAAUUGCCUGUCUGCAUAGGAAAUCUUAUCAAUGGAGGGGAAUACCACUACGCGAAAGAAGCAAAAGGGUCUUACAUUAGCAACCGGCUGAUGUCCGACGGCAGUCCUUGCAGACUUCUGCAGUACACGCCCAGUCGCAUUGCAGCCUGUCUCGAUGCAAUGAAAGGAGAGAAAUCUGUUGAAAUGUUGCAUUUCCUAUUCAUGGGAGAUUCAAGGCUUCGACAACAUUUUUUCAAUUUCGUUAGGCUCCUUCCAGAUUUCGAUAAAACAUCGACUCCGACCUUCAUCCCAAACGCAUAUCAUGAAAACGUAGAAAUUACCAGUCAGAUUCUCGGGUUGAAACUAUCAUUCAAAUGGCAGCCGUUAAUAAAUGAAGGCCUUAUGAAAAUGACUCGUGGAUGGGCGACCAGUGAAGCAGGACGACCUCAUUUGAUUUUCCUAAGUAUGUCAGUCCACCAUAUGUUUCGCUACGGUGUGCGUCCACACGAAAAUGACUUUCAAGUAUAUGAAGACGGGCUCCUGCACAUCGGACCAAUCCUGGGUCAGUUGGCGAAUGUGACCCAAGUCAUUUGGCUGAAUCAGUAUCCAAGCGGGGAGUUCUAUGGCAACGGCACGGCUCCGAACACUUCCGUUUUUUCGGAAAAAAUCCACCUUUUCAACGAAGCAGCUCGUCGUAUUCUCGGGAAUUAUUCAAGCAUACGCUACUACAAUUCCAGUCAUCCAUGGGCAACUGAAUACUGUCGCAGCUGCAAGGUUUUCCAACGUCACUCGCGUUUGAACGCGAAAAAAGUCGAGUCGUACAUCAAUUGGAAUAACGUAUACGUUGGCUGCAAGGAUUUCAUACACCUUGGCUACUCGGGUCUCUCACAAGCUACCCAGCUGUUUUUGAAUGACAUUUGCAAUGAGCAUCAAGUGUCCUACGCCAUAUAACCUCAUGUGCAUAGAACUUUCAUCCAUUCAUACAGCACAUAUUUAGUACUAUCGUGCUAAAAUGUUGUGUCUUUUUGUUUUGUUUUGUAUGCGUCCUGCAAUAACGACCUUUAUCGAAAGUGUAUUAGUGUUUUACCGUAUAGACAGUCUAGGCUAUACUAUACGUCCAAUUAUAGAAUAUAGGCCGGAACCUGAAUGUUUAAAAAUCUUGACCUCGUGCCCUUAUCGUACCCCGCUAAAAAUCAAUGAAUUCUAGGAAUUCAUUUCAAAGGGAACAACAACCGUGCAAGCAAAUUCGGUACACUAAUUGGUUUGCGCACUUUUUCCGGUGGCAGUUUGUCCAACCAUAUUCUUGCAAAUUGUCCCCCCCCCUCCAGUAAACAAUGAGUUGUCAUCAAGUUUUUGGCUAAAAAAAUAGAUCGCAUUUUGUGUGGUUCAGAACAAGUGGCCAGCUCCUUGGAGAUAAAAAGUUAAAUUCCUAAAAUGGAAGGUUCUUUUCUGAUAGAAACAGCUUCCUUUAACGACAUAUUGAUGACUUGCUCUCCGCUCUUUUUUUUCCCCAAUAGCCAGUUUUAUACCGCUAUGACUAUCGUUUCCCCUUGUUGGCUACCUGUUUGACUGAAACCACCGAUUCCUUAACUCGCAAUUUGUUUGAAACGA